AUGGCAACAACCAGAUUUUUCUUGUUGACAUAUAACAGGACAAUAGCAAUGGAGUUGUCCGGCUUAACCUGGCAGGAGAAUAGAGAAAUUAGACACACUUUGGGUGCAUUACAAUCACACGAUCAACUCAUCAAACACAUCAAGGAAAACAAUCAUGAUGAGAAAUAUCCACUAGUGAUGGACAUCGGGUGCGGACCGGGAAAUAUUGCUAAAGUGUUGGCCAAAGAGUUAAACCCGGAUCAUAUCGUUGGUUUAGACAUCGAUCCCAAUGUGAUUGCAUUUGCCAAACAACACAACGCUAUGGCGAACACCGAUUACUACAUUCAGGACAUCUCUCAAGAGUGGAACCAAUGGGACAAAAGUCUCCAAAAGUUGGCCGGAAAGGUGUCCGUAAUCUUCUCCAACUUUACCCUGCAUUGGUUUCUGACAGACAGUACCGGUAAUGAAGAUAUUGAUAACAUCUUACGAGAGCUGAUCAUUAAGUACUUCGAGACUCAGAAUAUAGUUAAACAAUUACCCAAUGAUAAGAAUCUGCUUGAAAUUGAAGGAAGAUCUAAAGGACAACAGCUCUCACCUGAUUUCAUAAAGGUAAAUCCUGUCCAUACGGUUCCCACCAUUGAUGACAAUGGAUUCAUACUAUGGGAGAGUCGGGCUAUUAUGCAGUACUUGUGUAACCAAUACGCGCCCGACAGCACUCUCUACCCCAAAGACCCCCUGAAGAGAGCACUCGUCGACCGUUACCUUAAUUUUGAUGUCAUUCUCUCCUCAUCUCAAAGAGAAUUCCCUAAACUUUUCUUCAGUGUGGAUGUGUCUGAAAACAAAGUGAAAGUCUCUGAUAAUUAUCUAAAAAUUUUGGACCAAUUGAUCGGAGAUAACAAGUAUUUAGUCGGAGAUGAGUUGACAAUAGCUGAUCUCUCGCUGUUAUCCGGUACCCCUUCCCGUGCCGUUCAUUUAACGGUCCGAGAGCUCAAUAUUGACGUUAAUAUCCAUUACUUGGAUCUCACAGAAGGGGAACAAAUGACUCCACAGUUUCAGAAGUUAAACCCCAACCGCAAAGUGCCCACAAUAGAUGACAAUGGAUUUGCUUUAUGGGAGAGUCGGGCUAUAAUGCAAUACCUGUGCAAUCAAUACGCGCCCGACUCUACUCUUUACCCAAAAGAUCCUAAAAAGAGAGCAAUUGUCGACCGGUUCCUAAACUUUGACCUCUCAUUCUUCGCAAACCAUAGAGAAGUUGUGGUAAUGGCAAAGACAUUGCGUGGAGUGGAUCCGCCCGAAGACAAACAACUGGCUCUAAAAAAUGAGUUGAAAUUAUUGAACAGUUUGAUCGGUGACCACAAAUAUCUGACGGGAGAAGUGCUAACAAUCGCCGAUCUGUCCCUUUCGUCAAUUGUUGCAAACUUUUAUUGGUUUGACUAUGAAUUGAGUGAAUACACAAACAUUGAGAGAUGGUAUUCAACACUACAGAAAGAAUUGCCAUAUUUUUCGCAAAUCAAUGACAUUCCCAAAGAGGAAACCCAACUGUUUUUGAAUAAAGUGAUGCAAUGGAUGGCUAAAAAGUCUGACAAAUAA